AGGGAUGGGGUUUGGGAGUGGUGGGGAGAGCGAUGAGGAGAACCCUUGAGGCGGUGAACUUCAAGGGCGAGCGCAUUGACUUGCCUCUCCAGGGAUACAAGUGCAUUGAGUCGCGCUUGCAGAGGUGCAAGGAGAGACGCAAGAACAACGCGAAGGUCCGUGGGGUCCACAGAGUGCUGACCUUGGACCGUCGAGUGGUUGGGCACCUGAGAGACGGAGGGCGCCGCGACGAUCUCCUCAGCUAUAGUCGUGUCCGUGGGUAGAUGACUAAAAGCGGCAGCCAGACCGUGAAGAAACACUUCAGGGAAGUGGGAAGCAGUGGGCAAGCCGACAAGGGGAACAAAAAGCGUGUAUGCAUUUACUGCGACAAACCCGUGGAUGGGACAGCCAGCAGGGCAAGGGAUCAUUUCCUCAAGGGGUCGAGAUGCAACGUCGAGCGCCUCAGAGGUACUAUACCAGAAGAGGAGUACUUGAGGAGGGAGAAGGGCAGGUCGGCUGCAAGGGCCGAGUUGGGGGCCAACAUGGGAGAGCCCGAAAUGGAGGUGUCAUCGGAGGAUGAGAAUGCUCCGCGGACAUCGGGAGGAGUUGUGGAUCCAUGGGGGUCUGCGGUAGGGCUCUGCCAGACAAAUCCGCAGACGUUGGCGGCAGCAGUUGCGGAUCCAUCGGGGUCUGGAGUUGGGCUCCGCCAGACAACGAUCAUGGACAGCGCUGCUGUCAUCACGACACACGAGCAAACACAGCGCACUAUAGACGACUGGAUGACGGCCGAAUGCAUCCCGUUCAACAUGAUGAAGAGCGAGUAUUGGGACAGAAUGGUGCACACGCUCAUGAAUGCGCCGAAAGGCUUCAGGUACGCGAAGUUUGAGAAUGCAAGGACGAAGAGGGUUGAAGUGACAAGGGGCAGGGUCAGGAAGAGGGUGGAGGAGUUGCAACAGGAGUGGCCAACCACUGGCUGCAUGUUCCAACUUGAUGGUUGGACAGAUCGCCGACAGAGACCACACAUCAACGUGAUGGUCUCCUUCCCUAAAGACUCCAUCUUUGGAGAAGUGUGUGUCGAUGGCACGGGCCCCACCAUCAGUAAGGUGUAUGCCCGUAUAGACAGCGCAGUGGAGAAACUAAGGGAGAGCAAUCACUUUGCCGAAACGGAGAAGGAGGAAAUGGAGGAGAUCAUCAUGCGGCGCUGGAACGCAAUGACAUCGCCGCUGCAUUGUGCUGCACUGUUCUUGGAUCCGGAGUACAGAGCGUCGCAGCCAGAAAUGGAUGCAGAGGUUGCAGAUGGGUUUUGGAUGUGGCUUUACUCGUGGUUCAAAGAGUCCUCGUUUGCUGAGGUCGACGCAGAGCUCAACGAGUCGUGGAGGAAGGCCACAAAGGCUUCCAAGUUUCUGGCCUGGCAACAUUUGAUCGAGUUGGAUCAGGCCACAAGGACCAUGACCGUUGAGCAUGCCAACAAAUACAAAGCUGCGAGGGCRAUUGCAUGUGCACCGCCCUCGAUCCCGGCCAAACGAGGGAGAGGGAGACCUCGGAAGGAUGCUGCAACUCAAGGCGGGACAGGUGAUGAGGAGGAGGCCCAGGACGUGGAAGGUGACAAUUUGGCAGGAGGUCMUGCACCCGCACGUGUCUCAAGAAAGCGGGGACGACCGCGGAAGGAGCCCGUGCAAGAGGAGGAGGAAGCAGCGCCAGAAGGGACAAGCAACGAUAAAAGUGGUGGCGGCGGUGAUAAAAAUGAUGGCAGCAGUGACGAAAGUGAUGGCAGCGAUGAUGGUCACGACGGGAGCGGUGGCUGCGAUGGGACUGAUGGCAGUGGCGAGGAGGACGAAGGCGAAGGAGACGAGAAAGAUGGUUGCUCGUCGGAGGAAGAGGGCGACUCCGAAUCAGAACCCCUGUCUAAAUUGCGCAAGACAUCCCACUAACGCGCACG